UGGACUUGAUUUCGUUGUUGUGUGUAGUUACAAUUUUUUACUGGUUUUGUUAAUGCCCUGCAGUUUAAAUCAUAAAUUGGAAAUCACGUAAGCGUCUUAUUUGUGACACUAUAUAAUAUUCAAACUUUUAAACAGCAUAUACUAGUAAUAUACUUUGUUGCUGUGCUGUUUGAUUGAUAUAGUUGACCAAAAAAUUCGUAGCAGUGCGUAGUUACAAACCAUUUUUUUACUGGUUUUGUUAAUGCCCUGUAGUUGAAAUCAUAAAUUGGAAAUCACGUAAGCGUCUUAUUUGUGAAUUUAAAAAUGGGUGGUAGGGCGUGUUGUGUCCCAAAUUGUAAUUCAGGUAAAAAAGCACCACGUCACAAAUUUUCAAAAGAUCCAAUAAGAUGCCACCAAUGGGUACAAAGUUUAAAAUUGGACUUUUUGGAAAAUGCGUGUGCACAACAUUUACAAAAGUACAGAGUUUGCUAUAAACAUUUUCGAGAGGAAGACUAUAAAUGUUUUACACAAUCUCGAGUAUUAAAAGAAUUUGCAAUUCCUGGUCUUUACAUUAAUUCUGACAAUAAUACUGAAAAUAAUACUGAAAAUAAUACUGAAAAUAAUCCUGUUACUCCUGAAACAAUUCUUAUUGAUCAACAACCAUUGCAACAAAUUUUGGAAGAAACUGAAAUCUCGCAAACCAAUAAAAAUAUGUCCCAUAUAAAGGAACAAGUACAGCAGCAUACGGCAAUAUUAAAUGAAAUGACAAAAACAACAGGAGAAGUGCAACAUCAAUAUCAACACUUGCAAAAUGAAGUAAAUGCAUUGAAAAAUGAACACGAAAAACGAUUCAGAAAGAUAGAGGGGCACCUAAGAAGGAAUAAUAAAAAAAAUAGUAUCUCCCGAAGACCAAACUUGCAAGAAGUUACUCGAAGAAAAGAUCUAAGUCCCAUUGCGAGAAGAUUAUACGACACCACUGUACUGUUAAAACGAAAAAAUUUACGACUAAAGCGUCUUGUGAAAUCCAGUAAUAAACAUAAAAAUAAAGAAAAAUCAAUUGACGACACAAUGAAAAAGCAAUUUUCAAGUGAGGUACAACACCAGUUCACUGGUAUGCUUUUGCGAAAUAGUGAUGUACCUCCGAAGUUUUUUUCUGAGGGGAAAGGGGUCGAAUAUUAAAGAUGCAAGUUAGCAUCGUUAAUCAUUAAAUUGAUUCAAUUUAAUAAAUGUGAUAUUACCUGUUCAGAUUCAACUUAGAACUGUGUUUAUGACUGAAAAAGUAAUUCGGCGCGCAGUCUCGUUGAAUUUGAAUAGAUUUAUUAACUCACAAAUAAAUAUAAAAGUACUAAAACCUAGCUACGACCGUAAAUGGGCUUC